UGUACAGAGUACAAGGAUGUAGUUACACCUGCGAGUUUUCUCCACCAAUAUAUUUCUUUCAAUUCCUGUUUAAGGUGACGGAGGGGCAUUGAAGAUGUGUUUUUGGAUGCAGUAGAGUCUGCGGGCAUUUAGAAGGGGAACUUAGUGUGGAUCUACUGGAAAACUAGCUCAAUGGAUUUAAAGUGCUUGAUUGAAGCAUUGUGGAGAAUCGAUUUAAAGCCAAAUUAAGCCUACCGUAUAUAAAUUUUGUACUGAGAAGGUUGAAUUGAUGAGUUAAUAAUUGAUUUCAACCAUUUUUACUCCUAAAUUAUAAACAAAGAAACUUAUUUAUUAUCAUGGUCUGAAAGAAUAGAAAUUUGAAUAGCUCAUUGGGUUGGUUUUUAAUACAAAUAUUCCUCCUGAACUGAUCACAUUUUACAGAUAAUUUGUAAUAAAUUUCAAAUCACUUGACAAUAUAUAGUUUGGAGUCAAUUAAUGCCUAUGAAGCUGGAGUAGAAAUGAAAUUUGCAAGCAUAGAGAUAGACUAAUCAUCUUGCUAUCGUGAUGACUGAACUUCAUGAGGCAGCUGCGUCAGGAGACAGUACUCAAAUUGAAUCGUUGCUGACAACUGGCAAAUAUGAUAUCAAUGGGCCAGACUUGGAAUGGAAGUCCAGAUGUCCAAUUCAUUGGGCUGCUAUAAAAGGGCAUGCGGAGAGUAUCCGGCUUCUGGCCAGCUAUGGGGCGAGGCUAGAUGUUGUGACUGAUGAUGGCUGGACGGCAACCCACUUCGCCUGCGAGCAGGGGAAGAUAUUAGCACUGAGGGCACUUUACAAGUCCGGUGCCUCGGUCGACAUGGAAGACGGGUUUGGUGAUACGCCUCAGAGAGUGGCCGAGAUAUAUGGUCAUCAUGACUGUGUUGAUUUUGUCAACGAGGCCAGGAUUGAGAUCGAAGAGAAGAAACGACAAGCUGAGAUAGAAGCCAAGAUAGAAGCUGAGAAGAAGAGGAUAGAGGAAGAGAAAGCUAAACAGACCAAGUUCUUAAAAAACCUGACCGAGAAGAAAGAAAAGAAGUCAUUAACCUCGAGAUGGAAGAAAGGAAAAAAAUGAUGUCCAUCUGCUGUUAAAGGGAUCCUGUAACUUUGUCUCAGAUCCUUUAAAAAAUCCUUGAUUUAGCUCAUGCUGCAAUGAUAAUUAUAAACCUUUAGGUCAGUCAGGAACCCCAUGACUUUUGCAAGUUGAUCGCCUGUCUGACUAUCAAGAUAUUCGUGAUUGGAAAUCAAAACCCAAUUUUGCGUUUUCUAACGGUUUUCACAACACGUGACAGUCUAUUGGGGAAAAGGAGUAUGGUAAAACUGGUCACUCAAAUUUUUAAAAACUUUUUUGAGGCACUUCUUGAUCAUUUUGAAGCACAAUCUUUUU